UCCAGAACGGACUAGAAAUUCUCACUUUCCUCGCCGAUCGAAUGGGUCACGAUUUCAAGCACUAUAUCUCAACUAUUAUCCAACCAACGAUAGAUCGACUGGGUGAUAGCAAAGAUGCGACACGCGAAAAGGCCCAGAUGGUUCUUCUAAAAAUCAUGGAGAAAGGAUGUAUGACACCUCAACAGCUCCUCGACAGACUUCGGCCAGCUUUCAGUCACAAAAACAGCAAACUACGAGAGGAAGCCCUAAUACUCUUAACCACCACGCUGAACGAGCACGGCGCAGACGAGAUGAUGCUGUCGGGGAUCAUUCCAAAUAUCGUUAAACUGUUGUCGGAUCCAUCCGAAAAAGUACGAGAAACAGCUUUGAAUACGCUAGCCGACAUUUACAGACACGUCGGCGAAAGAUUGCGUGUCGAUUUGCAGAGGAAACACAAUGUACCGCAGGCUAAGUUGAUAAUGUUGAUAGAGAAGUUCGACCAGUUGAAAGCAGCCGGAGAUUUGCUGCCGUUGGCGAUGUCCUCCGAUGGUAUAUUAAUAGAACGCCAAAUUACCAUGAACGACUAACGACGUUCGUCCGCGUAACUCCUUCUGUUGGUUACACCUUAAAACAUCUUCUCUGCAAACACCACAUUCAUCGAUGGAUUGAUGUCCUGAUUCGUGUUUAGACGUUUCCAACGCUUCGAUAUUGCGUGCAUAUACACAUACAUACGUGACUUUGUGAGCCAGGAGUCAUAGGUCGUUGUCACGUUUUAAGAGACAGAGACGAACAUUGGAAAAGGGCCCAAUGAUACGUACAAUACUACACUGUUCAAAAAGAUUCAGGAUAAUACACAAAAAAAAAAUAUACAUGUCGAAUUGAGUAACCUCCUCCUUUUCGAGGUCUGUUAAAAAUACAGAAUGAGACAGAAUAAUCUAGAGACGCGGUAGCGUUUCGACGCCAAGUAUAUGAAA